AUGCGCGCUUUCUGGGCCAGCACAAUAUCUUUCUUCCUUGCCUUCCUGGGCUGGUUUGCCUUGGCGCCUUUAGGCCUCGAAGUUGCGACCAGCAUGGGGACGUGCGAAAACCAGCUCUUCCCUCCCACGGACUUCCCAACACGACCAGCCUACCUGAAGUUCAAGAACUUGAAGAGUGGGCUGAGCUAUUGCCAGUAUGGGGUGGUCAAGGAGAACGGCAAACCGAUCGAUUGCCAAGACGUCCCCGGAGAUGUGGUGAGCGGCGCCGGCUCAACCGCUGAGGAGAAGGAGAAGUACAGGCCCCAGGUGCUGGCAAAGUGCGUGUGCACCCCAGGCACAGAGUGCAAGUCGGUGAUAGCGAACGCUGGCGUGGCCUCGGUUGCCUCUACCAUCUUCGUGAGGGUAGCCUUGGGGACGCUCCUAGAGCGCUUUGGCCCCGUGAACGUUCAGUGCGGCUUGAUGUCCUUCGGGGCUUUCUGGGUGGCCAUGGCCGCCGCGAUUACGGCUCCCUGGAACUACACGCUGAUCCGCUUCUUCAUAGGCCAACGGGAGUGGAAUAGUAUUUUGUAG